GUUCACGACGUCUCAUUGGCAGGAAAUCAAACGAACCGGCCUAGGGAAGAUAGUCGAUAGUGCCAGUGUUAGCCUGUGGCCAAGUUUACAGAAAGAGUCCGCAGAAACCUUCAAUACGGACCGUUUCGCCGAAGAUAUGAUCAAAGAUGUCGUCAAAGCUGGUGUAGAUCUCAAUAAACUGAUCCUUUCU